AAUAGGGAAGCGGAGAGGGGCCGGGAAUCGCGGCGCUUUCGCCCGGCUCUUUGCGCCCCCUUCGCCUUCGGAGGGCCCGCCCCAGAUCUCGGCCAGGUUCUGGGGGGGUGGGGGAAAGCGGGAGGCGAUGGCCGCGGCGACAUCCAGGCUGGGGGGCUGUUGACUUCCUCGGGCCCGAUCCCCCGCCUCCUGACCCGUCCGCUCCCUCCUCACCAUGAUGAAUCCCAGCGAAGGCGCCGCGCCCGUGGAGAAGUUUAAGUUGGUAGUGGUCGGCGGAGGCGGCGUGGGCAAGAGCGCCCUCACCAUCCAGUUCAUCCAGUCAUACUUUGUCUCAGACUAUGACCCCACAAUUGAGGAUUCGUACACAAAAAUCUGCAAUAUCGAUGGCACUCAGACCCGGCUAGACAUUUUGGAUACUGCAGGACAGGAGGAAUUUGGGGCCAUGCGAGAACAAUAUAUGCGCACAGGGGAAGGCUUUCUUCUCAUUUACGCCAUCAAUGAUCGUGGCAGUUUUAAUGAGAUCAGCAAGUUCCACACACAGAUACUUCGGGUGAAAGACCGGGAUGAGUUUCCCAUGAUCCUCGUGGGGAAUAAGGCUGACUUGGAUCCCUAUCGGCAGGUGCCGAAAGAGGAGGCCAUCAGCUUUGCCCGGGAGAAUCGAAUCCCCUACAUGGAAGCUUCAGCCAAAAUCCGCCUCAAUGUGGAUGAAUCUUUCUAUGAGCUGGUUCGAGCCAUCAGGAAGUUUCAUGAACUUGAGUCUCCCCCUGCCCCAGCUGUCAGCCCAAAGAAGAAAAAAACCAGGGGCUGCCCUUGUUCUAUUCUGUAGCCUGCCCUCCCACCCCAAGCCACACGUUCUUGAAGAGGAAGAACAGCUGUCCUGGUUAUCACAAACUGGCAUUUCUCCCUUGCUAAAAACCAGCCUGCCUGCCCUCCACUGCAACAAGGGUUGUCCGUGUGUGUGUUCUGUGGUUGUUUCAAAAAUAUUUUAUAUCUCUUAAGUAUUGCAGAGAACUUUGCACACUGGAAAGGAGCAAGAGGCAGACGUAACUCGCCACCCCCCACCCUGGGACCCUUUAACCUACCAAGGAAAGCUUAAAAGAUGCAGGAAAGGAGAAUGCAAACCAGCACAUCUGACCUCGUCACUUUCAACUGCUAAAUGCGGCUGUGUCCUUUGGAAGAAGUGUUCCCUCCCUGCUGAGGGAUAGAAAGCAGGAUCAUUUUCAGAAAUGUGGGCAGCUAGGUGUAAAUUAGGCAGAGAGGAACAAGUGUAGGGCAAUUAGGUAGUCUGUGUUCAGACCACUAGAUCAGGGGUCCCCAGGCCGCAGACUGGUACCAGUCCGUGGCCUGUUAGCAACCGGGCCAUGGAGUGAGGCAGAGACCUUUGCUUACUACUCAUUUAAAGACCUCCAUGGGGGAGCAGGGAUGGGGUGUAGCCUGGAGCAGCAAAAACUAGCACCCCCAUCCCCACCGGUCCAUGGAAAAACUGACUUCCACAAAACCGGUCCCUGGUGCCAAAAAUGUUGGGGGCCACUGCACUAGAUCCAGUGAUCUUCUGGACACACAAGCCUUAAGAAAAGUAGAGGACAGAAAGGAUUGUAAUCAAACACAUUUGACAACAAUAUGUAUGUGCAGCUGUUCACCACCACAUGCAGAAAGGGGGAAUGGCAGCUGGUACAAAGUUACAAUUCCUUCAACAGGUGUUGUACCCUUUUUCUGGAAAAGGAAAGGAGCUGGAAUUACACACACUCCUUUUUGUGGAGGUGAUGUUAACAUCACCAUUUCCCCCCUCCUCUACAGACCAAUCUUGUGUGGGUACAUCCCAGCAGAUUGGUAGAUGGAAAAACAAGCCCCAUUUUUCUUUUUGGGGUGAGGACAUAACAAGAAAAGGAAGAGUUAAAAACAAAGAAUCACCUUCUCCCCCCAUCCAUAUAACAAGGGACAAAUUAAGCUAAGAACAGCCCAAUGGCUGAUAAACAGCCCUGACCUGAUGUAAUGAACUUUCUUAAACACCAUUUUUAAUUAUUAGAAGCAAAAUUGCAUUGCCAGGUACAGUAGAUUGAAGAUAUAAGUUCCGCCCUUCCCAAGCACAGAUAGAUUUGCCUGAGUCAUUAAACACUCUUGCAGCUUUUGAAUUCAUCCUUUCUCACUACCAUUCUGCAACGUGCUUUACUGUGACAGCCUGUUCAUAAUCUGCCAGUUUUCUUAGAUACCCUUCCAUGGCAGCUGAAUUUUCUUGCUUGCCCCAUGACUUCUGGCAGUGGCCCUUACAAAUAUAAUUACGUUUCAUUGCCAGUGGUGGUCUUAUAAGCAUGUUGAUCAAGUGAACCUUUUCAGGGGUCUUGACCAUUGUUACCCAAAACCUCUUUAAGACUCAGCAGCUCUACUACUAUGGAAGAGAUCCCCUUUGGCCUGCCUACCCACCUGAAAACACUUUCCAUACUUGCCUCUUACCUCAUUGUGAAGCAAGAGGAUGUAUUCAGUCCUGACCAGAUGCAAGAUGUAUUUUUCCAGCAGUUGAAGCAAGAGCUGCGCAUGAAUAAAAAUUAUCUUCUGUUAAUCCUCACCGUGCCCCGGCCACGCUGUGCAACCUCGCAAAGCAUUCCAGCUUGAAAAUGCCAAAAAGUUACCACUUGUCCAAAAACGCAAAAGUCUUGUGGCACUUUAAACACUUAACUGGUUUCGCUUUCAUGGACUACAGCCCACUUCAUCAGUGGCAUCAAGUAUUCUUUGCAGUUGGCAAAUACAUUAUAUGAAUAUAAAUAUAUAUAUAUAUACACACACAUGCGUGCACACACAGGUACAGAGAACUUUUAUAAACUGGCUUGAAGGCCAUGCAAAGGUAGUCAUAGGUCUGUGGAUUUGUCACUUAGCCAAAAACUAUUUCAACAGAAUAAAAAAAAGAAUAUUCCCAGA